AUGGAGCCAAAUCCAAAUUUCGGCAAAGUUACAUUGAAGGAGAAGCUUCAAUGCAUUUUGUUCUUGCCUCUCAUCCCCUGGACCUUACUGCGAGUCCUACUUCGCAGACUGGUAUCGAAAGGCAAUGGUCUUUCGCUCAAAAGAGACUUUGGACUUUCCUAUACUCGCGCUAUUCAACAUGUCGUACCACUAAGUGUAAUGCGCUCUUUUGGCAAGAAUUCCGAGGCUAGACUCGAGAAAUCUACUCGUUUCGCCGACGUCAAACCCGAAUUGUAUCAACGAGUAUUGACUCCCAAAUUCGCUGGAUACUGGAUUUGUCAGGGCGCUCCUGGAAACCCAAUAAAAGCAGAGGAUUGCGACUUGGUCAUCUACUACCUUCACGGUGGAGGCUACAAGACUGGUCAUCCUGCAACACCGCUGUCGAGUUUCUUGCGCCUUGCCGAGAUUGCUGCGGCCAGAGGUGUCUCUGUCGCCGUCUUUGCACUGAACUACUCUCUCGCUCCGGAAGCAAAUUGGCCCACUCCAGUCAAUCAAUCCAUAGCAGGAUAUCAAUAUCUACUCAACGAGCACAACAUCAAUCCUUCCAAAAUAUCACUACAAGGAGACUCGGCAGGCGGACAUCUUGUCAUCUCUUUUUUCUCCGCAUUAAUCGACACACAGCUUGCCAAACCGAUCGCAGGCGCUUUCCUCAUCUCGCCAUGGAUAGACUUACGCUGCUCUAGCAAUGGGUCUUUUGUGCAUAACAAGAACAAGGAUUAUCUAGUCCGCAGUCACAUUAUAGAUGCUGGGCAUGAUUUUAUCCCGACUUCCUGCGACACCGAACUCGCUCAUGUCGUCAACUACCUGCGUCCUCGACCCAACAAUCAAUCCUGGGCUGAUAUGUUGCCAUCAAAAGUAUGCGUCACCGUGGGCUUGAAUGAUCUAUUUGCCGACGAUGUGGAAGAUUUUGUGAAAGUCUUGGAGAAAGACGGUGUAAAAGUUGUUUUCGAGAAGACGGAGGAGAAAUGUCAUGUUUGGCAAUUCUUCGACGAUGCGAUGGAUGUAGGGAGGUAUUUCGAUACGGUUGGGGAGGUUCCGCAGGGAGUGAUGGCUGGAGCUGCGGCGUUCGCGGAUACCGUGCUUUCGGUGGUUAAGACAUGA